UUUCCUCUUUGAGGGCACCCGGAGAUCGUCACAAGAGUCCUUAGACUUCAACUACCGCCGCCGCUUCCAUGUUUCCUGAAAACCCAAAGCGGGGCCAGCCGGACAUCCCACGCACUUCCGGUCCCGGACCAGCCCCAAACACCCAGGCGCCCCAGCGACUCAGCUCUAGGUCCGGAGAUAGCCGAAAAUCUCCGAUUACGGUUAUGCCAGAGUCGAGGGCUUCCGAAUAGAUUCGACUCAAACUCUCGGCAAGUCGAAGAUAACCGAGCCUGAAAGCAGGGCGAGGGAGGGGUAGGAGAGACCAAGCGGAUGGAAAGAAUCGAUUGGUGCCGAUGUCGAGACGGAAACAACCGAGCAGUUCCGGAGGAACCCGGGGUGUUCUGAGUGGUAAUCGAGGGGUAGACUAUGGCAGUGGGCGGGGUCAGCUCGGUACGUUCGAAGGGCGUUGGCGGAAAUUACCGAAGAUGCCCGAAGCCGUCGGGACGGACCCGAGUACCUCACGCAAGAUGGCGGAGCUGGAGGAGGUGACUCUGGACGGGAAGCCUCUUCAGGCGCUGCGGGUGACCGACCUGAAGGCCGCACUGGAGCAGCGAGGCCUAGCCAAGAGCGGGCAGAAGAGUGCUCUGGUCAAGCGGCUCAAAGGGGCUCUAAUGCUAGAAAAUUUACAGAAACACUCAACACCCCAUGCUGCAUUCCAGCCAAAUUCCCAGAUUGGUGAGGAAAUGAGCCAGAACAGUUUCAUAAAACAGUAUCUGGAAAAGCAGCAGGAGCUGCUUAGGCAGCGUCUGGAACGUGAAGCUCGAGAAGCUGCAGAAUUUGAAGAAGCUUCAGCUGAGUCGGAGGACGAGAUGAUCCAUCCUGAGGGAGUGGCUUCCCUGCUGCCUCCUGACUUUCAGAGCAGCCUGGAGAGACCAGAGCUGGAGCUCAGCAGACAUUCACCCAGAAAAAGCUCCUCUAUUUCUGAAGAGAAAGGUGAAUCUGAUGAUGAGAAACCAAGGAAAGGAGAAAGACGAUCAUCGAGGGUCAGACAGGCAAGAGCAGCCAAGCUCUCUGAGUGCAGCCUGGCUGCUGAGGAAGAAGAGGAUCAAGAAAAACCUUCCAGAAAUCUGAGGGUCAGAGCAGAUCGAAAUUUGAAGACAGAGGAAGAAGAAGAGGAGGAGGAGGAAGAGGAGGAGGAGGAAGAUGAAGAGGAGGAAGAAGAAGAAGAUGAGGGACAAAAAUCUAGGGAGGCACCAAUCCUGAAACAGUUUAAGGAAGAAGAGGGGGAAGAGAUACUCAAAGCAAAACCAGAGGAGGUGAUAGAUGAGAGACCCAAAACCAUAAGAUCCCAGGAACAGGAGGGGUUAGAGAGAGGAGGGAGAGUUACAAGAUCCCAGGAAGAGGCAAGAAGAAGUCAUCUGGCCAGACAGCAGCAAGAGAAAGAGAUGAAAACAGGUUCUCCCCUUAAGGAGGAAGAAAGAGAAAUAAAAUCUUCACAAGGUUUGGAGGAAAAAUCUAAGUCUCCUUCCCCUCCUCGAUUGACUGAAGAUCUAGAGAAGGCCCCACUUGUGCUACAGCCAGAGCAAACUGCCAGUGAGGAGGAGACUCCUCCACCUUUACUUACCAAGGAAGCAUCUUCUCCACCACCUCAUACACAACUCCAGAGUGAAGAGGAAAUAGAGCCUAUGGAAGGCCCGGCACCACCUGUCCUCAUUCAGUUAUCUCCUCCUAAUAAGGAUGCUGAGACCAGAGAGAUAUUAAUAUCUCAGCAUACUGUCCAGUCAGUGAGACGCCUAUCUCCUUUGUCAAGUCCUACAGACACCAAAGCAGAAUCUCUACCAGAGAAAGUGCCAGAAGAGAGUAUCCUGCCUCUAGUUCAGAAAAGCACACUGGCUGAAUACUCAAUCCAGAAGGGUCUUGUAACUGAGUCAGACAAAUCUGCUCAGCCACUCCCUCUAAAAAUUGAGGAAUUAGCACCAGCCAAAGGGAUCAUUGAAGAGUCUCUGAAACAACCAUCUUUGGAACAGAAGGAAGACAGAAGAACUUCUCAUACCCUUCUCCCAAGCCACAGAUUGAAACAGUCAGCUGAUUCAUCUUCUAGCCGGUCCUCCUCAUCUUCAUCCUCCAGUUCUAGAUCAAGAUCUCACUCUCCUGACAGUUCAGGCUCUCAGUCUCACUCACCUCCAAGAUCUAAGCAGAGAGAUGUAUCCCAGGCAUGUACUCAUGCCAACCCUCAUGGUAGACCCAAGAUGGGCUCCAGAUCAACAUCAGAGUCCAGAUCACGUUCACGUUCUCGUUCAGCAUCAAGCAACAGCAGAAAAUCUCUGAGCCCUGGAGUCUCUAGGGACAGCAGCACCAGCUAUACUGAAACCAAAGACCCCUCUUCUGGUCAGGAGGUUGCAACUCCACCAGUGCCACAACUACAGGUCCUUGAGCCAAAGGAGAAGACUUCCAUCUCCUCAUCCUCUAUCCAAAUGAGGCGUCUGAGCCAGCCUGAGCCAGCUGAAAAGCAUGUGACCCAGAGGUUACAGCCUGAGCGGGGGAGCCCAAAGAAGUGUGAAGCUGAAGAGGCAGAGCCACCAGCUGCCACACAGCCCCACACCUCAGAGACUCAGACCUCUCAUCUACCAGAAUUAGAAAGGAUUCAUCAUUCUGUUGAGGAGAAGGAGGAAGUGACCAUGGACACAAGUGAAAACAGACCUGAAAAUGAUGUUCCAGAGCCUCCCAUGCCUAUUGCAGAACAAGUCAGCAAUGAUGAGCGCCCAGAGGGCAGUGCUGAAGAUGAGGAGAAGAAAGAGAGCUUGCUGCCCAAAUCAUUCAAGAGGAAGAUCUCCGUUGUCUCAGCUACCAAGGGGGUGCCAGCUGGAAACAGUGACACAGAGGGGGGCCAGCCUAGUCGGAAACGACGUUGGGGAGCCAGCACAGCCACCACACAGAAGAAACCUUCCAUCAGUAUCACCACUGAGUCACUCAAGAGCCUCAUCCCCGACAUCAAACCCCUGGCGGGGCAGGAGGCUGUUGUGGAUCUUCAUGCUGAUGACUCCCGCAUCUCUGAGGAUGAGACAGAGCGUAAUGGCGAUGACGGGACCCAUGACAAGGGGCUGAAAAUAUGCCGGACAGUCACUCAGGUAGUGCCUGCAGAGGGGCAGGAGAAUGGGCAGAGGGAAGAAGAGGAAGAAGAGGAACCUGAAGCAGAACCUCCUGUACCUCCCCAGGUGUCAGUAGAGGUGGCCUUGCCCCCACCUGUGGAGCAUGAAGUAAAGAAAGUGACUUUAGGGGAUACCUUAACUAGACGUUCCAUUAGCCAGCAGAAGUCUGGAGUUUCUAUUACAAUUGAUGACCCAGUCCGAACUGCCCAGGUGCCCUCCCCACCCCGGGGCAAGAUCAGCAACAUUGUCCAUAUCUCCAAUUUGGUUCGUCCCUUCACUUUAGGCCAACUGAAGGAAUUGUUGGGGCGUACAGGAACCUUGGUGGAAGAGGCCUUCUGGAUUGACAAGAUCAAAUCUCACUGCUUUGUAACGUACUCAACAGUAGAGGAAGCUGUUGCCACCCGCACAGCUCUGCAUGGGGUCAAAUGGCCCCAGUCCAAUCCCAAAUUCCUUUGUGCUGACUAUGCUGAGCAAGAUGAGCUGGAUUAUCAUCGGGGCCUCUUGGUGGACCGUCCCUCUGAAACUAAGACAGAGGAGCAGGGGAUACCACGGCCCCUGCACCCCCCACCCCCACCCCCGGUCCAGCCACCACAGCACCCCCGGGCAGAGCAGCGGGAGCAGGAGCGGGCGGUGCGGGAACAGUGGGCAGAGCGGGAACGGGAAAUGGAGCGGCGGGAACGAACUCGAUCAGAGCGUGAAUGGGAUCGGGACAAAGUUCGAGAAGGUCCCCGUUCUCGAUCACGGUCCCGUGAUCGCCGCCGCAAGGAACGAGCGAAGUCUAAAGAAAAGAAGAGUGAGAAGAAAGAGAAAGCCCAGGAGGAACCUCCUGCCAAGCUGCUGGACGACCUUUUCCGAAAGACCAAGGCAGCUCCCUGCAUCUAUUGGCUCCCACUGACUGACAGCCAGAUUGUUCAGAAGGAGGCAGAGCGGGCUGAACGGGCCAAGGAACGAGAGAAGCGGCGAAAGGAGCAAGAAGAAGAAGAACAGAAGGAGCGGGAGAAAGAAGCUGAGCGGGAACGGAACAGACAACUGGAGCGAGAGAAACGUCGGGAGCACAGCCGAGAGAGGGACAGGGAGAGAGAGAGGGAAAGGGAACGUGAGAGGGGGGACCGAGACCGUGAUAGAGAAAGGGACCGGGAACGAGGCAGGGAGAGGGAUCGCAGAGACACCAAGCGCCACAGCAGAAGCCGGAGUCGGAGCACACCUGUGCGGGACCGGGGUGGGCGCCGCUAGCUGGGACAACACUAGGAGAGCUGCAGGUACCAGCCACUCUGCCCCAGGGGGGUUACAGGCCACAGAGGGAUAGGUAUAGUUUCCACCACUCUGGAACCAAGAGUCUUUCACACCACCUGUCCCCACAUACCAAGUGGAACAGUGGCCAUCCUUCCCCCCCCACACACACACAGACCCCUUAACCUGUCUCUUGGGCCUUAGCCCUCUCCUCCCUCUCAUUUCCUGUUAAGUCUGUGAGAGGCAAGAGCUAGGUUAGGGAAGGAGGUGGUUGGCCAGAGGGGAACAGCCAGGUGCCCCAAACCUCUUUCAUUUUUCCUCCAUCCUGCUCACCACCUCCCUUGGGGUACUCACAGCCUCCUCUUGGGAACAGCCGGGGCCAGGACUGGGUCACCUAUGAGCUGAAUCAGCAUCUCCUCCUGAGUUCCGGGGCCCCUGCAGUUCCCAGUUUCUUCUGUCCUGCAGCCCUUGCCUCUUGCCCACCGAGUCCCCCGGUUCCACUUUAUAUCCACCUUUUCCUUUUGUUCAAUUUUUAUUUUUAUUUUUUUUAUUAUUAAAUGAUGUGGUCUAUGGAAAAAAAUAAAAAUCUGACUUAGUUUUAAA